AUGAUAGCGUUCCCAAAGCUCUGGGUGGCUUCGACACUCCUAGUCCAACAGGUGUUUGCAGGCCGUAAUUUACUGCCGCGUAAUGUAACGGAAACGUAUGCGACGGGCUUGUUGCACGAGUCGAUGGACUGGAUGGAUAUGUACUAUGACAACGAAAGAGGCUAUCUUUUCAGCUUGGACGCGGCUGCCCUGACGCAUGACACGAGGUCGAGCGUCUGGUAUGCGGCUGGCUUGCUGGCGCGGAAUGAAGCCGAUGAUGUGGAGCAGGCAGUACGUAUCGUGAAGAACGUCAUUGGAGGGCAGUUCAAGAACGAGAGUGAGCAGUGGUACGGCGACUAUCAAAUCUAUCCAGAAGAGCCGACUGUGGGUACGGAACAAUACCCAGCUGUCAUAUACAACUCAUGGGAUCCUAAUUGGCGUGGCUUCGUCGGCACAACCCUUGUUGUUAUGCUAGAAGAAUUCCCGCAUCUCCUCCCUCAAGAUGUUCAAGAUUACAUACUGGAGAGUCUGUUCAACACUACGAUUGGAGAUAGCUACCGUGUCGGCGGCGUCGACGAUGAUAACCUCUACCCGGCCUACAGCAACCCCUCUAUCAUGAGGGCUUUUGUCUCCGGAUACGUUGGUCGCCGCGCCAACGACUCCAACAUGACGACUGCAGGCGAAGCCUACGCGAAAGAGGUCAUUGAUCUGUUUGUCCGCGACAACACGCUUUCUGAGUUCAACUCUGGGACGUACGCUGGUGUUUCGCUGUUUGCGCUUACGCUCUGGGCGAAGUAUAUGCCAGGUGAUAGCAUAAUGGGCGAGUAUGGACCGAAGAUGAUCCGUGAUACAUGGUCGGUAUUGGGUGAGCUAUAUCAUGCGGAUUUGAAGAAUGUGGCUGGGCCCUGGGAUCGCGCGUAUGGGUUUGAUAUGAACCGGUAUCUGAGUAUCCUGGCGCUGCAUAUGUGGACGAUUGUGGGCAAGGAGAUGGCGCCUAUCAACAAGAAGCCAUAUGCCAUGGGCCACAAGAACGACUUCGCAAUCGGCCCCCUCGUCGCUAUCCUAGCACCCUACCACAACACUCUGGUCCCCAACACAACUCUCUCAUCGCUCUCUUCCUUCCCCGGUACCCAUACCGUCCAGACUUCCGCCUUCUCCCCACCAUACGAUACCUACCCACGCAACAUAACCGCCUACCUCAGCCCCAACCUAACCAUCGGCGCGGAAUCCUUCUCGGAAAACGUCGUCGGCGGCCCGUCCAUCAACAAGAACUCGUUCAACCCCGCGGUCGUGCAGUGGAAGAGACAGGAUGGAAGUGUGGGUUGGAUGAGUCUGUAUGCGCAGACUAUGGCGCUGGAUGUUGUUGUGGAAGAAGGGAGUCUGAUGCUCGAGUACCCGAUGGGGAAUUCGUCGAGUGCGUUUUCUUUCUUGGUUGGCACGAAUGGGUGGGAUGGGAAGAGGGAUGUGAGGGGUUGGAAAGAUGUAGAGGGUAUUGACGUUGUGGUGUCCGGGUCUGUGGAUUUGGAGCCUGAGGUUACGUUUAAUGGGCUUGUUGGCGGAGCGGGCGAAGUCAUAAACGACUUUGAGUUUUGGAACUUUACGUAUAGGAUGCCAGAGGGGAGCGAGGAGGUGCCGCGAGUUCAGCUCGACUUCGACGUCGUGUGGUGA